AACUUUGCGCAUGCGCAAUAGAAAAGAAACAACACGCGAGCGUGCAGCCGGUAUGUUAACGUGGGUUUGUACGUCCUGUAAGUCAUCUGGAGUCCUAACUGUCGUUUUCACAAGUAGUGGUGUAUGGUGCACGCAACAAAAAAAAAUGGGGAAAAAGAAACAGAAUAAGCGUGCUGUCGGCAGACGGGAACUGGUAUUUGAUGAGGAGAUGAGACGUGAAUACCUGACUGGAUUUCACAAGCGAAAAGUGCAGAGGAGGAAAGCAGCCGUUGAGGAAAUAAAACGUAAGAUAAAAGAAGAACAGAAAAAGAUGAAAGAAGAGAGGCACAAGGAAUAUAUGAGGAUGCUAAAGGAGAGAGAAGAUGCGUUGGAAGAAGCAGAUGAGUUGGAAAGGCUUGUUACUUCGAAGUCUGAAUCUGUACAGUAUGAUCACCCGAACCACACUGUAACUGUGACAACUAUCAGUGACUUAGACCUGUCUGGUGUUGGUCUUUUGCCUGUUAAAAGAGCAGAGGAAGAGGAAGCAGAGGAGCAACUUCAGGAAGAUCAGCCAAAAUCAUUGGUAUCUGCACCCAGGAAAGCUGGAGACCCGCUCCUGUCUAAAAGGAUCUGCUCUCUUACGGCAUCUCUUCAUUCACGUAGUCAGCGUAAAUCCACAAAACGCCCUUCAAGAACCCAGGACAGCAAAAAGCAAGUAGGUGCCAAGGUGACUGGCCGCACUAGUAGAGUGACUGGACGCACAACUAAGGCCCAACGGAGGAGGCAAACUGGCAAAUCCCGGAGGAAUAGAGACUAAAGCGUGUCACUAAGAAUGGUGGCACAGAUGUGCUUAUGGGUUGAAGCUGCAUUUGAAGAUUAUUCCAAAGAUCUAUGAUGCAUCGUGAGACAGCUGCUAAGUUGUUCAUGUUGAAAUGCUUUUUAUAUGUUUUCUUCUUCUUCUUCCUUGGAUAACAUUUUUGUCCCUCAGGGCCAUGUAAGAAUUAAGAGAUUCUUUCUACUAAACAUUUGUAAAAUAUUCUUACUUACAUGUAUUUGUUUGAUGCACGUGUUUUUUUUUUUUCCCAUAAGAACGUUUUUAAAUAAAAAUAACAUCACGCUGACGAUAGUCAGUAAUGCUGCAACCUGGGCUCUGCAGGAUCUCUCUGUACAUUACACAAAAUACCACCUGUUUAAAGUUGGGGAUACAGCAGCGAAUAGCAAUACGGUAUUCUAAUCAGAGGCCAGUGCUGCUACCAAUAAGAGAGGAGGGGCUGGCAUCGUCUUAUUUAAAAGGUCCCCGCGUGCUUUGUGAUUCAUGUGUAUGAAAAGGACACUUUCCCAGGGUAAUGAUGCAGGUAACCAAUGGAAAAUGGGUUGUAAAGACAAAUAACUGUUUCAUUUUGGCAGGAUAUAUUGUAAGUUUUGAAAUAUGCAAAUUUAAGGUAACUUUUUUAAUGUAACUUUAUGGUAAGCCUCUAACAUACUGUAUAUAGCAUGCACACGUUAUCUGAGAUACCUAUAAAUGGUUUAAUAACUGACUGUAUGCUGGGUUAAUGUGAUAAUAUAUAUAUGUCAUAUUUAUGCAUGUAAGCAAUCAUCUGUACCCAGAUCCCUUUCUACCAUGCUUUCUAACCACCUCCUGUCCUCUACCUGCUGGAUUUAGUAAGUGGAUUUUGAGUGGCUUCAGUUGACCUGCUGUAAGUAUCAGAACGUUAUCUUUGUUAUUGAUGUUCCCAGAAUACAUGUACAAUUAUAGAGUGGAAAUUGCGAGGGUUACGUGAAAGGUUGCUGUGUGCUUUAACCGUGUGUGUUUCCAGGAGCAGGGACGGAAAUAAAUACAAUGGAAGCA